AUGUAUUCCCUCUUCGCAGAAUCACUAUUGAAAGUAGUGAUCCUCUCAUCACUCCUGGGUACGGCUACGGCACAGACUUACUCAACAUGCAACCCACUACUCCAAAGUGGUUGUCCGGCGGACCCUGCUUUGAGCAAAAGUGUGGCCGUUGAUUUUACAUCUGGUCCUUCAAGUGAUUUUUCAGCAUACGGUGCUCCAACCUACGACUCCAACGGCGCAGCGUUCACUGUCGCUAAGCCGGGCGACUCUCCCUCCAUCUCCUCCAAGUGGUACAUAAUGUUCGGCCAUGUCGAUUACGUGGUAAAGGCUGCUCCCGGCACCGGCAUUGUCAGCGCGGCUACUCUCCAGUCAGACUGCUUGGAUGAAAUCGACUGGGAAUGGUUGGGUGGUGACGAUACCCAAGCUCAGAGCAAUUACUUUGGAAAAGGGAUCACGGUGACCGGCUACAAUCGAGGAGGUUUCCACGGCGCAGAAAACAACCACGAUGUUUUCCGCACAUACAGCAUUGACUGGACCGCUGAUCAGAUUGUAUGGUCGAUUGAUGGAACCACUGUGCGAGUCUUGACCCAGGAUCAAGCAGCAUCCGGCCAGUAUCCUCAGACCCCGAUGUAUGUCAAGCUAGGUGCUUGGGCUGGGGGAGACCCCUCCAACGCUCAAGGUACGAUUGAGUGGGCCGGCGGUGUGACGGACUAUUCAGCUGGCCCCUUCACCAUGUACGUCAAAUCGGUCCACGCCACCGACUACUCGACCGGAUCCCAGUAUUCGUACUCGGGUACAAGUGGCACAUGGGAGUCGAUCGUAUCCGAUGGCGGUCACAUCAAUUCGAAUGGUAACGGUACACCUGUGUCGUCUGUCCAAGCACCGGCAGUGACCUCGCACGUCUCCAGCAGCGCUCCACUGGCCUUUGGCAACGAUGACAACACCGAGUCCGUUACUGCAACUCGAACAGGUUGGCCAUGGUCGGGAACGGCGAGUGCCACGGCUUCUACUGUGGUAAGCGCCUCAAUCUCUGAGCUGACAAUCCCAACCCCCUUUCUUGUCAUCUGCGCAAGUGUCAUCGUCGCUCUCGGACUCGACUUCUCUUGA